AUGGCUUUUGCUCACUACCCAGUAACCAUUCCUGUCGAAACCACAAAGCACGCAAAGACUUCGAUUCUGAAACCACCUUCUUCUUCUGAGUCUCUCUCUCUUUCUCUUCCUCCUCCUCUCAAACCUCGCAAUCUCUCCAUAUUUUCCAGAUUCAAACGGUUGGGGCAUAAUGGUAAAUACUUUCACUCUCCAUCAGCACAGGCUGAGCCGCAAGAGCCUCAAGUCAGUACAGCUGCAGAUGCCAUUACCCAUUUCAAGCAUCUGCUUCUGCCCAUCGUCGAUGGGAACCCAUAUCUCUCCGAGGGAACAAGACAGGCUAUAGCUACUGCUGCUGCUUUGGCAAACAAGUAUGGAGCUGACAUUACAGUUGUGGUUAUCGAUGAGAAGGAGAAGGAGUCUCUACCGCAACAUGAAACCCAACUUUCUACUAUCCGCUGGCAUCUCUCUGAAGGUGGGUUCAAAGAAUACAAGCUGCUAGAGCGACUUGGGGAAGGGAACAAGCCGACAGCCAUCAUCGGCGAGGUUGCUGAUGACCUGAAUUUGGAUUUAGUUGUUAUAAGCAUGGAAGCAAUUCAUUCCAAGCAUGUUGAUGCAAACCUGCUUGCAGAGUUCAUUCCUUGCCCGGUCAUCCUUUUGCCAUUGUAA